AACUAUUUAUGUGAUCCGUUUAUGAAUCCGAUGGUAGUGCGGAUCACGACAAAUACAGUUACUGAUAUUCUAUAAACCGCAUGGUAUAUAAUUUCAAAUUGCACAUAUUUCAGAAAUAUAGUAUUUAUCGUCGAACCCGUUUAGAAUCUGUGUGUUUCGACUACAAUGUAAUCGAGUAGUGAACGUUAGAUACUUGCCGAUGAAAGUUAUUAAACCACAUAAAAUCAAUCCUUGAAAUUGUUUCAUCAGCGUUCAAAUGAUUCUUGCAUUGUUUUUAUGUCCCAUAUAACAACAAUAUCAACAUUUCUACACUUAUUCAAAAAGAAUAACGAAAAUUUCAUAAAAGACAUUGCAACAUGGCGGAGCAGCAACAAUCGCCUCCAGGCUUUAAGCGUAUGUCUCUAGACAAAAUCAUUGAGACCAUGACCACUGAUUUAGAGAAUUCCAAUGGUCACUACCUCCAGUUUGGUAUAAACUCGCAACAAGCUGCGUCUCAUAAUUGGACUGACUACUCUUCGGGCCAGGCAAGGCACUAUAUUACUAAUCAGCCACCACGUGCUAAUUCUCCUCCAAUGCAGUCGAUACCACCAAUGAAUGCUCCUCUCUAUAUGCAGGAUAUAUCAAAUUAUGAUUCUACUACAGAUUCUAUUUAUUUUCCAUCGCAAACUGUAAAUCAUUUAGGUAUAAAUGAGAACAAUGACCUGAUAGGCACAAUUGAUGUUGGUGGAGGUAAUUACAUUAAUGUGAUAUAUGGAAAUGCUUCUCAAAUUAUGGCGGAGCAGUGUCAGCUUUCAAAUAUAACAUCGUAUAGGACACAGAAUAUAAUUGAUAGAGAGUAUGGUCUUUUUAAUGAUAGACACAUUACGGCACAAUCUGAUAUGCGAACACAGAACUUCAAUGGGAAACAGUUGAUCGAUAAUUUGGUUGGUAACUGGGUACCAAAUCAGUCUGGCACGUACAGCCCUUUUGGUAGCUCUCCAAAUGUGACACCAAUACCACAAUCAUCUUGCGAUGUCAGAGAUCCAGAGGAACUCCCUCGAAGUUCUACAGAAUCUCAACACAAGAAACCUCGAGCAAUAGCAGAGGUAAAACCAAUGCGACCAACUUAUUCAGAUGUUCUGACAAAGUCUGCUCCAACUCCACCAUCUCCGUUAACAGUUCCAUCGAUGAAACCAAAAUCUGAAUCUGUUAACAAGAAAAUUUCCAACAAAAAUUCGAAGAACAAAUCGAAAUCUGCAGUGCUAAAGAGGCAGAAUUCAUCUGGAAGUGAUGAACAUAAUUCUCCAAAGCUACAGGCACCACGGAAAAUUUUGGAGAAGAAUAACUCAAAUCUUCCAAGACGUUGGGUAUCGUUGGACAAUCUUGGUCUCCAAACUGAAUCUCAUGAACUAAAUACCUUUGAUAAAUCUAAUCAAUUUGAAAAGAAAAAAGUGUCCAAGACACUGAAGAAAACUGAGAAAGGAGAAACGCUUAACAAUUCGAAAAUUCAAAACAGCAAUUCUAAAUUAAUCGGAAAUAUUCCGAAACGGCCCAUACAAAUAAACAAUAAUUUGAACACGAUAAAUACAUCCAGUCAAACUGUUUCCCUUGAGAAGAUAGAGAAAAACCAACAGGUCACAAAUAAGACCUGUAAAGAGGAGAAAAAGAUUGUGAAAGAAAAAAAUUCUAAGCGUUUUCAGGCUGAGAAAGCACAGCAAAUUAAAAAGGCACAAAGAAACCGUAGAAGAGAGAACAGAGAAUCUCCGGUGAAAGAUCUAUGUAAAAAUUUAAAUAAAUAUGCCAGUCGUUGGUGUAAAAUUGGAUUAAAAAUAUUUCAUUGGUUGUUACACUUAGUGUCUGACGUAGUUAGCAUGAGUGCCAAUCUUAUUGUUCAGCUUGGUAAAUGUGGGUGGUAUCACACUAUACUCUAUUUAAAAUACUUAUGGGUUUACUUAGCCAUGACGUUCUCUAAGUUUCGUAUUUUAAAUGCUGUUGGUAGACAGUUAGAUAACUGGUUCGGAAAUAGCAAGUUUGCAUUCUGGCGCAAGAUAAGAGCAAAAAGUGAAGAGAAAGAAGAAAACAGUAACUGGAUACGAGGCGGCCUUGAAACUAAUAUUGCACUACCCAGCACUGGCGAAGAAGCCAUGAAAAGAUUACUAGCUUGCAAAGGGAAGGAUCCUUACAGUAUACUUGGUGUCACGCCAACGUGUUCAGACGAUGACAUUAAGAAAUAUUACAAGCGACAGGCUUUCUUGGUUCAUCCUGACAAGAACAAUCAACCAGGUGCAGAAGAAGCGUUCAAGAUACUUGUUCACGCUUUCGACAUAAUUGGUGAACCGGGACGCAGACAAGCUUUUGAUCAAACCAGACAGGUAGAAGCAGCAUGGGGUGAACUCAGCGAUCUGAUCUCUCAGCUGCACAGAAAGAUGGAACAGGCAGCGAACACUAUUAGGUGCACAAACUGUGGCCUGAGGCAUAAAAGGAUUCCUACUCAGCGUCCCUGUUACGCGGCAAGGUUUUGUGCUCAGUGUAAAAUACGUCAUAGUGCGAAAGAGGGAGAUAUUUGGGCAGAGUCUCGUCUCAUGGGUUUUCUGUGGCAUUAUUACGCCUGUAUGGAAGGAGCUGUGUAUGAUGUCACUGACUGGGCAGCCUGUCAGGCUGGUAAUUUGAAACAUCUCAGAGCGAACACGCAUAGCAUCCAGUAUAGAAUCGUUUUGGGUCAGCGAUCACCAUCACAAACGACUAAUUGCGGCAAAAAGCGACAGCAAAUAGACCCAAACACGAGUGAAGCGGAUUUUGAAGAUUUUUUAAAUAAUUUGUACAAUCACAGUAAAUCGGGAACUUCAAGCGCACCAGGAGACCAAAACUCCUUUAGAGAUUGUAAGCGACGUAAAACUAAACGUAAGAAGUGAAAUGUACGGCAACCUGCUGCUUAAUCUUUUAGUAUCCUUUGUGUAUGAUUACACGGUAAUAUACAUACUUCUCUGAUGAACUUUCGUAUUUUCGAAAACAAAUGUUGACGAUAUUCAGUGACUCUAGCACAAUGUACGAAUUGUAUUAGAAACAGUUUUAAGAAGGAUUGAAUUUGUUAAAAUUGAAGUUUAUUUUAAAAUACAAUUUCGAAAGAUUAAUUUUGGACUUGAGGGUUAGGAAAAUUCUGUAUAGAAUUUCCAAAUCGAGGAAGGAAGGUACCGAGAAAUUAAUAAUGCUGUCCAACAAAUUUUCAUCUUGUUUUUGUGUUUAAAUAACCAGUAGACGACUUUUAUAGAUUUUUAUGGUAUUUCAUCAAAAUCUAUAAGCAUUGUCUACUGCUUAUCAAAACGUAAUAUUGUGUGUUGCACAGUGUAAUUAAUUACAACACUUGUUGAUGCAUAAAUGGCCCUUUAAUUUAUCCUAAAUAUAAUACUCAUUAUUAAUAUUACGGUAGUAUUUGAACAUAAUGUGCAAACCGAAGCUAUAAUAAUGAAUUUACUCUAAUUUCGAUGAAACUGAAAAGCAAUGAAAGAAAUUUAGGACUUGUAUAUCAUAAACUCGAUUCUACUUGUAGGAUACGAACAUGCAGAACCUUUUUAUUAUUUUAUUAUGUGGAUUUUUAUAAUGUUAUGCUUUGAACUUUCAAUCGCAACUGAAUUAUUUCAAUUGCAGUCGAAAUAGUAGCUUCUCCAUGUGUAAUUGAUGUAUAUAUGAAUAAUGAUAUACAAACGAUAGUCCGCCUUCGCUAAUAUUAUAUACGUUCUCGCAUCGUCAUUGUUUACUGUGAGCCGUGAUCUCUGAACAUUUGUAAUUGGUAGCCUAUUAAAAGUUAAAUAAUUGGCGUUAUAUAUAAAGUAAGACUGAUUUUUAUCUUUCUGUGUUAUGAAUAAGUUGUAUACUAGAUAGACAUGUUCCAAAUACUCUAUUUUGUGUUCUCUGGCAUGUGAAUCAAGGAAAUCGGUGAAUUUAUUCUCUCAAAUUGCAUGCGAAUGCUGUAACUACUGUUUAAAUCUCACCUUGCAGAUAACAUUGUCCAACAAUAAUUUUAUGUUUCGAUCUCAAGCAAGCUUAUUUAUCAACAAAUUUAUCUUUUAACAAUUAGAGUAGAUUCUCUUACAUGAUAAUAUAUUAUAACAAUAUAUAUAAGGCAGAUUUCAUUUCGUUUUCGAACAAAAGCAGAAAGGUUGCCGAAAUUUUUAAAAAUCACCUAUUGUUUAAUGAAACUCAAAAUUAGUGUUGGACAGUGUAAUUGUAAUGUACAAAUUUCAUUCUGCAUCAUACAAGGUACACUGCAAACUAAUACAAUUAACGAAAGUAAGUAAAGUCUCUGUAAAAAUGUAUGAAUGUGUUAUACAAAAGUUUACUUAUAUAUUUUAUUUGUAUAAUAACAAAAGAUGUACAAUUCUUUGUAUGUGCAGAUGAAAUUAUAUAAAUGUGUAUUCGGCGAGUUUUAUAACGAAGGUACACAUUAUUAAAUGAACAGCUUAUAAAUUUUCGUAUAAGAAUAGCAAAAUAUUUUCAGCCAAUACUGUUGUCUUCAUUACCAAGAAAAAAAGAAUAUAACAACUAUGUUUUUUCGAGCUUGAAAGUCGUAAUAAAGCACCUUUAUGUAAUUUUCAUGCACACUUUGUAUUUUUAUUUUACGAAGUUCUGAGAGUGAAUUAAUACAGCAAAAUUCUAAUGAAAUUCGAUGCUUAUUUUUACUUAAUCAAAUGAAAUGUACUGUAAUGUUAAACACGUGAUUCGGUUAUGUAAAUUUGAAGUGAAUAAACAUUACCAAAGUAACUAUA